AUGGCUGUCAGAAAGCGCUUUGUUAACCCUUUUGCGCGCAGGGAAUCUGUCGAUCAAGUAUCGGCCGAUGCGCACGACAUUGAAAACCCCGAGUCCAAGCCUCCCUUUGAAAAGACACACGAGGCCGACCACCCCUUGGAUGAGGAUAUCGUCGAUGAAAAGGCACAGGGUGGUACUCAGAAAGCCCAGGCGAGUACCCAGGCGUGGACGAAGAAUACUUUGAUCGCAGCCUACGUUCUCGUCUGGGUUGUCAACUUCUUGGAGUAUUUCAGCUCCGGGCUUCUUAGCGUCCUGUCGCCCUAUAUCUACAGUGGCUUUCAAUUACACUCUCUCACGGGUUUGACAAGCGUUAUCGCCUCGCUGGUCUCUGCACUGAUCAAAUUCCCAUACGCAAAACUCAUGGAUAUUUGGGGUCGGCCCCAGGCCUUCGCACUUGGUGUUGGAUUCCUGACUCUGGGACUUGUCAUGAUGGCUGCUUGUCAGAAUGUGCAAACUUACUGCGCAGCCCAGGUGUUCUACCAAACUGGGUUCAGCAUGAUUGAUUUCUCCAUGACAAUCUUCAUUGCUGAUACCACGGCAUUGAAGAACCGUGCCUUUUGGAUCGCCUACGCCGCCUCCCCGUAUCUCAUUACCCCAUGGAUCUAUGGCUAUGCCGCCGACGAGAUUCUCGCUCCCAAUGGAAUUGGCUACCGAUGGGGAUUCGGCGUCUUCGCCAUUAUUAUGCCCAUUAUCAGUGCUCCUCUUUGGGGUAUCUGGUACUACAUCCAGAAGAAGGCCGAGAAGAUGGAUUUGACAGAGAACAAGAGCAGUGGUAGAACCUUUUUCCAGUCUGUCAUUUUCUACUGCAUCGAGUUCGAUGUCAUUGGCUUGCUCAUCAUUGCGACUGGCUUCUCGCUGUUCCUCUUGUCCUUCAACUUGUACUCCUAUCAAGCCGAUCAAUGGGCUUCCCCGAUGAUCAUCUGCUUCGUUGUCUUCGGUGUCGCGCUGAUUGUUGCCUUCACUAUCUGGGAAAAGUACUUCGCCCCAGUGAAGUUCAUGCCAUGGGAGCUCAUCCAGAACCGCACUGUCUUCUUCACCUACUCCAUGGUGGUGUCAUUAUACCUCGCCUGGUAUAUUUGGGAUAGUUACUUCUAUUCCUUGCUUCAAGUCCUCUUCUACCAGACGGUUCAGGAAGCAACUUACAUUUCCAACAUUUACACCAUCGGCUCUUGCUUCUGGUGUCUUGUGUUUGGAGCCAUUCUUCGCUACAAUGGUCGCCUCAAGCUAUGGGCCAUCUGCUUUGGUGUUCCCUUGACUAUUCUUGGAGUCGGCCUCAUGAUCAAGUUCCGCCAGCCCGAUGGGUACAUUGGUUACAUUGUGAUGUGCCAGAUCUUCGUUGCCUUCGGUGGAGGUACCCUUGUCAUUUGCGAACAAAUGACUGUCAUGGCUGUUUCCGCUCAACGAAACAUUCCCGCCGUCCUGGCUAUCGAAGGCGUGAUUGCCAAUAUCGGUGGCGCCCUCGGAGGCACCGUCGCUGUCGCUAUGUGGACUGGAAUUUUCCCCGUCAGGUUGCAGGCUUAUCUCCCUGCAUCUGCUCAGGCAGACUUUGCUUCUAUAUAUGGUAGUCUGGACAUCCAGCAAUCUUUCGCAAAGGGAUCGCCGACUCGUGAUGCCAUUGACCAUGCGUAUGGUGAUACCCAGCGCCUUAUGCUCAUCACUGCCACCUGUCUCUAUCUUAUCACUUGGGGCUCUUGCUUCUUCUGGAAGGAUAUCAAUGUUAAGAAGAUGAAGCAGCAGGUGCACGGUGUUCACUUCUGA